CUUCUCUUUGCGUUGCCUCUGUGAGAAAUACAAGAAUCAAUCGCUUAUUUUGCUUCAAGAUGUCAAAAUGAGUUUAGUAUCUCAUUUGGUUGGAGGAAAGCGAAGCAGCUUAAAUGGACUUUUUUUUCAAAAAGUCGUAUCUGGAACCCAAGCCAGUGCUUGACCAGCUUCCUACGAAGGCCGGCUCUGAUGUAGCGUGUCCUUCUCAAUCGAUGACCAUUGCCAUAGCUAUUAGUGGGAGCAGCAAAAGCAAGAAUAUAGUUAAGUGGGCGGUCAAAAAGUUCUCUUCUGAGAAAAACGUCGUCUUCAAGCUGAUUCAUGUCCAUUUAAAGAUUACUUCUGUACCUACACCUUCUGGAAAGCUAGUCUCUAUCUCUGAGGCACCAGAAGAUGUGGCAGCUACUUAUAGACGACAAGUGAUGGAUGAGACUAAAGAAACUCUUCUUAAACCUUACAAAAAGAUGUGCGAGCGGAAAAAGGUUGCUGUAGAACUUCAAGUUCUUGAAUCAAACAGCGUUGCAGUGGCGAUAACCAGAGAGGUUAGCAAGCAUUUGAUAAGCAGGCUUGUCGUUGGACGCUCAUCUCAAUAUUGCAUAUAUAGGAAUCGUGAUGUUACCGCGAAAAUAUCAGCCUAUGUGUCAAGCCUUUGCACAAUCUAUGUUGUCUCAAAAGGAGUCUAUAUUAUUUCGAAAAAGUCGUCGUCAGAUGUGCAGAUGAAUGAAACUAUAACAGAUUCUGGUAGUGAGAGAACCGAUACAUCUAGUUGUUCUUCUGGUUCAGGACAUAUCUCAGAUGCAAUGUCAAAUGCCCUGAAAUCCAAAUCUCUUGCUUUGUCCGACAAGAGAUUGCAACAUCUCCCGACAAUAGUAAGAGGGGUUUCUGUUCGUAUGGAAACUAGUUCUGUUGACUCAUAUGGAACUACAAGCAUGUUUUCGGAUGCUGGAGAGGAAGUUAGCAAGAGAAGUAGCCCUGAAACAUCGUGUAUUGUUUCUUGGAAUCCUCCUCGGAGUUAUAUGUCUAGCAACGAUAAUGUUACUCAAAGUGAAGAUUAUUUCACUGACAACCAGGACACGUUCCAAGAAAUUAGAAAGCUGAGAGAUGAACUUAAACGGGCUCAAGGAAUGUAUGAACUGGCUCAAGUAGAAGCCUUGGAUGCUUCUCGCAAGCUGAAUGAGCUACAUGAGUUUGAAGAAUUAACGCUUAAGGAACAUGUAACAAAGGGGUUAGAAGAAAAGGAAACACGGACGUUUGAGCAGAUGAGAAGGGAAGCCAGAGAUGUCGCACACAGAAGAGAAGCCGAGAUGAAAGCCACCAGUGAAGCCAAAGAGAAGGAGAAGCUUAAAGAAAGUUCCCUUGUGGGUCCUAAGCUGCAAUACCAAGAGUUCACUUGGGAAGAAAUCAAAACUGCAACUUCAUCAUUCUCUAAAGAUUUAAAGAUUGGAAUGGGAGCUUACGGGGAUGUUUACAAAUGCAAUCUGCAUCAUACAAUCGCUGCUGUCAAAGUUUUGCAUUCCCCGGAAAGUAAUCUAUCCAAGCAAUUCGAUCAAGAGCUCGAAAUCUUGGGAAAAAUCAGGCAUCCACACUUGGUUCUCCUACUAGGUGCGUGUCCAGAGCAGGGUGCCCUAGUCUACGAGUACAUGGAAAAUGGUAGCUUGGAAGAUAGACUGUUCAGAGUCAACAAUAGUCAACCAAUCCCGUGGUUCAUCCGGUUCAGGAUAGCUUGGGAAGUCGCAUCAGCGCUAGUUUUCCUCCACAAAUCAAAGCCGAAACCAAUCAUCCACCGUGAUCUUAAACCAGCCAACAUCUUGCUUGACCAUAACUUUGUCAGCAAAGUAGGAGACGUGGGCAUCUCCACAAUGAUCCAAGUCGACCCUUUAUUAACACAAUUCACAACGUACAAACAGACAAGCCCCGUGGGAACAUUAUGCUAUAUCGAUCCUGAAUAUCAACGAACCGGGAGGUUAUCUCCCAAAACAGACGUUUAUGCGUUUGGAAUGAUCAUUCUUCAGCUUCUUACCGCUCUCCCGGCUAUAGCGCUGACGUAUAAAGUAGAAAUGGCCAUGGAGAACAAUGACGACGAGUAGUUGAUAAAGAUUCUUGAUAAAAAGGCGGGUGAUUGGCCAAUGGAAGAAACCCGGAAAUUAGCUGCUUUAGCCCUCUAUUGUACAGAGAUCCGUGCUAAAGACGGGCCUGAUCUUGAAAAUCGGAUUCUUCCUACGUUGGAGAGCCUGAACAAGGUUGCUGAAAAUGCAAGAACCUUGAUUUCCUCUGAACCGAAGCAACCUCCAAGCCAUUUCCUCUGCCCGUUACUUAAGGAUGUGAUGAAUGAGCCAUGUGUUGCGGCUGAUGGCUAUACCUAUGACCGGCGAGCCAUAGAAGAAUGGAUGGCGGACCACCGUACCUCGCCGGUGACUAAUUUGCCGUUACAAAACAUUAACCUUUUGCCCAGUCACACUCUUUAUGCAGCCAUUGUUGAAUGGAGACGUAGUAAUCAGUAA